UCGGUCUAUGCGCCACACAUCCAUGCUCGCACGCUGUAGGUCCGUGUCAAAAGAAAAAGGAUCGUGGACUGGGGCAUUUCUCCUGUCAGCGCACCUCCACCCUUCCGUGAGGCAUGAACGGGACUUUAUUCAACCAAAUAAGCCAGUUAAAUUCACCAUCAGCGCUUACCAGAGCCUAAAAACACCAUCGGAACACCUCGAUCUCGUUGCGGAAGCCAACGCCGUUUGUUUUUUUUAAUCGGUCAAGUCGUUAGCUUAGCCUGUUAGCUCGUAUUUUGUGCAGGACGUGCUCAAUUCGCGUCAAUAUUUCAACAGAUCGCACAAGACUUGACGCACUUUCAAACUUUACAAAGCAAGAUCUGCAACAACGAGCCCACGACCUUGGAUUUGCACGCGUAGUUUUACGUCUGUUUUUGCAAAAACAAGGAAGUGCACGGUCCUUAGUGCUGUGGUGCUAACUAGCGUGCAGCACAAGAAGCUCUUUGGCUGCAUUUAUUCAUUGUGUGUGAGUUAUUAGUGGGGGUUUCCGUGCAUUAUAAAGGAGAGCUUUGCUGAGACUGCAUUUUGCAUCUUUAAAAAGGACACAUCGGAUUGAUCGUUUGGAAUAAAUUGUCAAAAUGAUUCCCGAAACGGCACCAAAAGAAGACGUUUAUCUCGCCUCUGCAGAGUUUUGCAAGACUUCGCAUGUCCCCAGUUUUGACAAAUACAAAGAACUUUAUGUGAAGUCCGUAGAAAACCCCGACGAGUUCUGGGGUGACAUUGCCAAAGACUUUUUCUGGAAGACCAAACACAACGGAGAAUUUCUGAGCUACAACUUUGAUGUGACGAAGGGAGAGAUCUUCAUCAAGUUCAUGGAAGGAGCCACCACCAACAUCUGCUACAACCUCCUGGAUCGAAACGUCCACGAGAAGAACCUGGGCAACAAAGUGGCCUUUUACUGGGAAGGCAAUGAACCCGGCGAUGAGUUGACGGUCACCUACAGAGAGCUGCUGCAGAAAGUCUGUCAGUUCGCCAAUGUCCUUAAAUCACAAGGAGUGAAGAAGGGAGACCGUGUGUCCAUCUACAUGCCCAUGGUGGUGGAGCUGGUGGUAGCCAUGUUGGCCUGUGUGCGGAUCGGAGCAGUGCACUCUAUAGUGUUUGCCGGUUUCUCUGCGGAGUCUCUGUGUGAAAGGAUCAUGGACUCUGAGUGCUCGCUGCUCAUCACAGCAGACGGAUUCUACCGAGGGGACAAACUCAUCAACCUGAAGCUGCUCGCCGACGACGCGCUACAGAAAUGCAAGGACAAAGGGUUUUCGGUGAAGAGGUGUAUUAUGCUAAAACACCUGUCCAAAGACGCAGAGGAGGGGUCCCAGUCUCCACCGGCCAAACGCUCAUGUCCAGAUUUACAGGACAAUCAGACAGGCAGAGUAAAGAAAAGGCGACCGGUGCCCAAGGUGCCGUGGAACCCAGACGUGGACCAGUGCUGGCACACUCUGGUAAAGGGAGUCUCAGACCAGUGUGAGCCGGAGUGGUGCGAAUCUGAAGAUCCCUUGUUUAUUCUCUACACCAGCGGCUCCACGGGAAAGCCAAAGGGCGUCCUCCACACGGUUAGCGGCUACAUGCUGUACACUGCUGCCACCUUCAGGCUGGUGUUUGACUAUCAGCCCGAGGACGUGUUCUGGUGCACGGCGGACAUCGGCUGGAUCACCGGGCACUCCUACAUCACAUACGGACCCCUCGCCAACGGAGCCACCAGCGUCCUGUUCGAGGGGCUGCCCACUUACCCGGACGUGGGGCGCAUGUGGGAGAUCGUGGACAAGUAUCGCGUGACCAAGUUCUACACGGCUCCCACGGCCAUCAGACUGCUCAUGAAGUACGGCAACGAGCCCGUGCAGAAAUACAAGCGUGACUCCCUGAAGGUGCUGGGGACAGUGGGAGAACCCAUUAACCCGGAGGCCUGGCAGUGGUACCACAGCGUCGUCGGGGACAAGAGGUGCCCCAUCGUCGACACUUUCUGGCAAACGGAAACUGGGGGACAUGUUCUGACACCACUUCCUGCAGCUACACCAACGAAGCCUGGAUCAGCAACAUUUCCAUUCUUUGGUGUUGUGCCCGCCAUUUUGAACGAGUCUGGAGAGGAGCUGGAGGGACCAAGUGAUGGAUACCUGGUUUUUAAGCAGCCGUGGCCCGGUAUCAUGAGAACAGUGUAUGGGAACCAGCAGAGAUUUGAAACCACGUAUUUUAAGAAGUUUCCUGGAUACUACGUCACAGGAGAUGGCUGCAGAAGAGAUAAAGACGGUUACUAUUGGAUCACAGGGAGGAUAGAUGACAUGCUGAAUGUAUCUGGGCACUUACUGAGCACGGCGGAGGUGGAGUCGGCCCUGGUGGAGCAUGAGAAUGUGGCAGAGGCGGCGGUGGUGGGAUGUCCUCACCCAGUCAAAGGGGAGAGUCUGUACUGCUUUGUCACCCUGACCGAGGGGGUGAGCUACGGCCGUGGGCUGGAGACCGAGCUCAGGAACAUAGUGAGGGAAAAGAUCGGUGCCAUAGCUACACCAGACUACAUCCAGAAUGCACCGGGGCUCCCCAAGACGAGAUCUGGUAAAAUCAUGCGGCGCGUGUUGAGGAAAAUCGCGUGUGGAGAGCGUGAGCUGGGAGACAUCUCUACUCUGGCCGACUCGUCUGUGGUGGAUCACCUUUUCCAGAACCGGUGCUGCACGGCGUGAUUCCCCCCUAGUGGACACUCAGUGGAACUACAGCUACGCACCACCACCACAACCAGAGCAAAACAGGAGGAGGCAGGACUGUCCGCGUAGCUGGUCCUGACCAAGAUGGACGCUAUGUAGCUGUGGGGGAUGUUUCAGACCCUAUAUAUUGACUGAAAGCAUUACCAGCACUGAGACUGGUGCAUCUAUAAACGCAGAAAGGAACAGUACUUUGCUGAUUUUUUUAAAGUCUACGUGUAGGCUUGCAAGCUAUUCAGGUUAAUACGGUGCAAUGGGAUCGAAGAGGAGGACUUUACGCUACAGAACUGUGCAGAGGUUUUGGUAUUUAGAACCAAAAAUGUCAAUCGAAAUGAGGUCGCGUAAAAAUUUCAGACACGACCAGCCGCAUAUGUAAGGAAAGAGCAAUGAAGAUGAAGUGGGACACGAAGUUUGAACUAGAGCUGUCCAAAAAUGGAUACCCAAAUACUAAUCGAUACUAAAACUAGUAUCGCAAAUAGAACAGUUAUUAAUGUGUCUUUUCAGUCUUGAUAAAACAAAAUUUGAGUUUUAGAAUGAUCUUGAUCUAUAUUAAAAGUAGUUUGAGUGUUGAAAAUUACAUUAAAUUGUGUAAAAAAAAAACAAAAGUAAACGUAGAUGUUUCAUUGUGUGGUAUCAGCAACAGUAUUCAAAGUAAUUUUUCUCUCUUUAGUAGUGAAAUUGAGGUAAUAUUUUACCUAUCAUGACCACACUCGUUUAAAAUGUCACCAAAAAUAUGUAAAAUUAUAAUUUAACGAAAAUUCAAGCUAAAUUGAGAACCUAAAGUAACUUUUCUGAUUGUCCGUCGAGCUCUUUUCUCUGUGUAGAUGUUAGUGCUUUGUCUGGAAUGUUUCACAGUAUGGCAUUAAACCUUUCUAUCUGCAUAGAGACCAAACCCAGACCAAGUUACAGGUCAGAUCUGUGGAGAGGCGACGCCACUCACAGUCAGAAUGCUUUGUUUAAGUUUUUCUAGGCAUUUUUUACACUAUAAACCCACCUGUAAUUGAAUAAAUGGUAAGGUAGAGCUGAUUAAUGCCAUACUGUGGAACAUUCAAAGCAAAGCAAUGACGUAUCCAUGGAAACGAGAAGGUGACGGACCCUUAACGGAAAAGUUGCGAGUGUUUUAAUGUGAUAAAGUGACAUUUAUCUUGCAUAAAUACAUUAUAAAAGCAGCUCUUAGGGUCUAAAUGGGACCUCUGCUGCCAUCUGCGUCUAAUUAUGAAGUGUUUUAUCAUCUGAGAACCAGGAACGGUGUGGUUAGCAUGCUAGUUGUUAGUUCUGGCCUUGGAAAGUUGUGAAAAGCCCUUAAUAAACCUAUCACUGUGAAUUAUUCGGAUGCUCUGAAUAUGAAAGAGGAGUAACUUUGGACCACUGCAAGCUUUAAAAAAAAAAAGAACCGCUUCUGUUUUUCACAUUUUUAAGACUUUAAAAUCAGGCACCUCGUAAUUUAAUAAUCUAUAAUUCAACAAAAAAGUGAAACUAGAACUUCUGCACAAUCCUGUAUAUUUCAAUUUGACUCUCUGCUUCUUCCUGUUGCAAAACGCCAUAUAACUGAUGUAAACACUGAAGUCGAGCUUAUAAUGUUGUACUAGUUUAUUUUUAUGUAUUUUUUUUAGGGAAACGUGUAGAUUUUUGUCAUGUUUUUGUUGUGCUUUUUAUGAUAGUAUUCGUUCUUUCUGUUAAAAAUGUCUGCAUGUUAUAAUAUCACGAUGAGGAAUUACUCAAAUUUCACACGCGGCCCAAACUUUGCAGUAUUUGACCAACUGAAAAUGAUCAAAAAGUGUAAGAUUUCUACACUUACUAUUUUAACAACCAGGAUAACUGCGGAAAAUAAUGCAAAUUUUGUAUUUCUUAAACUGCUGGUUCUGUUGAGUGUUAUUACGUGAGCGCAACCUGUCCAUGGGUUUCAGGAAAAUGGAAAAAUUAUGACUUGUUGCCAUAGAGAUCGACAACAAGUCCUCAAAAUGGCAUCCAUACUAGGAAAAUGUCACGGGAACACUUGAACGCCGAUGCAAAAUGAAGAGACAUGCUUGUAGCUUUAACCAACGUCGGCUUUGGUUGUGGUUAAUGACUAGUUUUGGCUCAGAUGUUUGGAAAAUAAUUUGUUCCGUCAGAUUUUGAAUUUUAAAUACCGCUGAAUUUCUCGCUUUGAAAUUUUAAACUGAAACAACAUGUUUGAUUUUUUAUUUUUUUUUUAGUGUAUGUUUUCACAAUGUUUAAAAUUCAAUAUAAAAAAAAAUCAACCACCUUUUUAAGUAUUCUGCACAAAUAUUUUCAAGCCUCAAAUUCAACAGACAAAGUUCAGAGCAUAAAAUUCGCAGCAAAGAUCCAAGUUGCCAAGGCAGAAGCAAUCGAUCCAAAGUGAUCCUAUCUGACUUGGCAACAAACAGAAAAUGGUGCAGUGAAGCGAUCUGAUUGGUCAGAAUUAGCCUCAUUAACACCUCAAGCCCCGCCCACAGAUGAGAACAGCCAAUAGGAAACAACCUCUGUCCUCUUUACUCACCCACAAUCGAUUGCUUCUGUCUUGGCAUCUUGGAUAUUUUCUGCAAAUUUUACCGUCUUGAAUUUUGUUUGUUGAAUUUGAAGGCUUGAAAAUAUCUGUGCUGAAUAUUUAAAAGGUGAAAUUUUUAUUCUGAAUUUGAAACAUCAUGAAAAAGUACACUAAAAUUCAGAAAAAAAAAAAAAUUCCAACAUGUUUUUUCAGAGUUAAAAAAAUUCAAAACAAGAAAUUCAGCAGUGUUUAAAAUUUAAAAUCUGAUGGAACAAAUUAUUAUUUAUUCAGAUUCUGUACACAUGCAUGUUUUUUUAUUAUUAUUAUUAUUAUAUAUCCAUCUUUUCUUGACAUUAAAUUGGUUUCAAAACGCAAAAAUAAAACUUAAAGGUACUUAAAACCCAAAACCUUAAUGGCAUAAUUUUGAGUUUUUUUUAGAUUAUUUCUCCACUGUCCGUAUUAUAACUGUGCCAACUCUUCUAACCAUCUUCAAUCCAACAAUAAUGCUCUGUAAAGAAGUUGUAUGUAAUUAGUGCGUUUGGGGGAUUAACUGAGAGCUUGUUUUUGUUCAUCUGUUGUGUAUUGUUCCUACGCCAUGUUUGUUUCGAAGUGAAUGCAACAAUAAAACGUAACUACUGCCUCAGAA